AUGUCGUGGUCCUCUACGCAGCAAGAGGCCGAGGGAGUAGCCCCGAUCGCGCAGUCAUGGCAUCAAUUCGAGCCAACGAUCAACACUUGGGAGAUAGUCGAGACCCACGACGUCAACAAUCCUCCCCCAUCCGCACCUCAAGAUACUACCGAAAUAAGCCCUCAUUUUGUUCUCGCCACGUGGAACGUGGAGGCAUUUGAUCAGGAGCCUGCCCGCCGCAUCACCGCAAUUCUCGACCAUCUUCUGAACCACUCGCCCUCACCCGAUAUAAUCUUCUUCCAAGAAGUGUCGACAACGAUGCUUAGUGCGUUGCUGAACAACAGCAUAGUUCGCGACAAUUGGUAUUCCAGCGAAAAAGACUCACGAAACUGGAUAGGCGCUCCUCUCACCGCUUUCGCUACAAUGACUCUCCUAUCCAAGGCCAAAUUUGGUCACAUCGGCAGGGCAGCUCUGGCGGGUCUAGGACGGGUCUCGCGAAUCAAGUAUCGAUCUUUCUACAGACGGGACGCACUGUGCAGUGAGGUGUUUGUACCAUCGCGGCAGCCGGGGGCUCAGAUGACUGCGUACAAGCGGCUCCAACUUGUCAACGUGCAUUUGGACUCCCUAUCAAACGGGGCGGCAUGUCGCCCAGCGCAACUGCAGUGUGUUGGAUCACUUCUACACGACGUUGGCCAUGGGCUGGUAGCGGGAGACUUCAAUCCUGUGACUCCACAUAUCGAUGCAAGCCUGGUGGAAGACAAUGGCCUCCUCGACGCGUGGAAGGAGUUGAGAGGCGAGGAGACUGGAUACACGUGGGGAGUUAAUGGUACCGAAAGAUUCCCCGCGAACCGGAUGGACAAGGUUGCAAUGGUGGAGCUCAGACCACUGCAUAUUGAAGUUUUGCACCCGAUGCAGGUACUUCUACCUGGUGAAGAUGGCUCUGUUCCAUGGAGCGACCACUCCGGACUUAAGUGUACUUUCACGCUUGCCUCACCUUGA